GCCAUAAUGGAAAUCAAGACACUGUACAAGUUGACUAGAAACUGGCAAGGCGAUCCAUGUGUCCCGAGGGAAUAUUCAUGGGAUGGUUUGCACUGCAGUUACAACUAUUCUAUUCCAAGUAUUAUAUCAGUGAACUUGAGCUCAAGCAAUUUGACUGGGAAGAUUGCAACUUCAUUCUCGAAUCUUAAAGCAAUACAGUCCUUGGAUUUGUCAUACAAUAACUUAACUGGGCCGCUGCCAGAAUUUUUGGCACAACUGCCAAAUUUGAACACUCUUGAUUUGCGUGGGAACAAGUUCACAGGUUCAAUUCCUGAGGAUCUUCUGCAGAAGUAUAGGGAUGGGAAGUUGGCAUUGAGGUUAUCUUAUCUUCCUUCAUAAUUCCUUUUGCUUAUUAAUUCUAAUUUCACUUGGUCAUUUU